AUCAUUAAUUAAUCCAACAAACAAUGGUCAACAAUGUUCUGCAAACUAGUUAUAUAACUUUCCAAUCAUUUCGUUCUGUUUUUUUGAUUUAGUUUUGAAUUUUAUGAAAUAAAGAAAAAUGGUUAAUCAUCAUUUAAUGUUAUUGUUUAUUGCUUUAUAUUGCAUGAUGAUGAUAGAAGUAGUGGCGGGACAGGAAAAUGAUCGUAUCAAAUUGAAAGAUGUUGAUUCAUUGACAUUUCAUUCGGGCAGUUUAACCAAAUCCAGACGAAAUGAAGCAGUUGCCCAAUUAACAUGUGUUGGCGAUGACUAUUGUAACCAAGUGAAUGUAUCAACAGUUACAUGUUAUAAUAAUAGAACGGUAAACAAUUUUAUAUUAUGGCAUUGUGAAGCUGAUUUGCCUUCCAAUUAUGCAUUAGUACAAAAGAACAUUUCCUGUGAAGGUUAUGAUUCACCUGAAGAUGAAUACAUUUUGGUUGGUUCAUGUAGUCUACAAUAUUACCUUGAAGAUCGUGGUAUAAUGUUCAAAUUGAAAAUGGCAAUCUUUAUAAUAAUAAUAUUGCUCGUAUUAUCCUGCGGUUGUUGUUGCUGUUGUUGCUGUUGUUGUUGUCAAAAAAAAUCGGAUCCAGAUUGUGAAGCACCAACAAGUGUUUCAACAGCCCGACCAAGUGAAUUGACCGAUCGUUCAACCAGAGGUUAAGGUGGUGGUAUGAUGAAUUAGAUUGGUUGGGCAUCCACUUCUCAACGAUAAAACAAACUUGAUUCAUUCAAUCAAUCAUAUUAAUAAAACAAUUAAUAAACAUCAUUUUCAUUAUCCUUAUUAUCAUUUUUUCACAUUUUUUCAUU